CGUGUGUUUCGAUCUGGAGCAGCGGCCAGGAACUAAAGAAUAUCGAAAGCGUGUGCUGCAGUGACGAUUUUUAGAAUUCAAUGACGUUUUGGCUUCCAACAUUUCGUUCUACUUUUGUCGAGAUGUGAGCGCUAUUAGCAAGCGGCCAACUGAUCACUUAUUUCGUUUUCCUCUCCUGUUCGUCCGUUCUCUCGAGUCGCAAUCCCGAUCUACUGUCAUGGAGCGUCAGUUCCGACGUGACCGCGACGCUUUCGUCGCCCGCAUCAAGGUCCAGUUUGCCGAUAUCCUCCGUGAGGAGCAUGCGGAGAAGGCUCUGUUGCACCAGCGCAUCGCCGAGUUGGAGCGUGACUUGUUGAAGGCCGCACAGCGGGUGCAGGAGUUGGAAGAAGUACGGGAAAAAAGGAAGGCAAAUCUGGUCGUGGCCCCCGCGUCAUCCACAUCCGGUUGUAAUCCGAAUCUUUCCGAUGAAGCAAAAACUAUUGCAGAAGAUAGGAGACGAGGACAUCUUCCAGCACGGGACCACCACAAUGUCGUCGACGACGAGUUGGAUCAUAUCACCGUCCUUCCCGACCCAGACUUUGAAAGAAGACGACGGCGUCGCAUGUUGGAAACAGCCUCCCUGCUCGCGCGAGCUGACCACGCCGUCGACAUUCUUCCUGUACUAGCGGGAACCGCUGAUGUCAGUGCCCAGCAUGUCGAGGACGCGCAGGAGCCGGACACCGCCGGCCCUCCUUCAUCAGUACGGGCGGAAAUAACGCAAAACCUGAAGGCGCUAUCGUCUUCGGACGACGAGCCGGAGCGCUUGGAAGCUGUGCGCGAGGAUGAGCUAUCGUCAACAGCGACAGCAACGGACGACCGUAAUGAUCGACAACAUGUGUUAGGAACCACAAACUCCAGCAGUCGCGCCAGUAAAAGUUCGAAGUCUACUAAGAAGUCUUCGACGUCCCAGCAUUUUGUGCUCCGACGCCCGCCGGAAGAGCUCAUGAUAUCAGUUCCCGGGUUUGACAGUAGUGAUUACGAAGAUCUGUCACCCACACAACGGCACAAACUCGAGCAGUUGCGGAGACGGGAAGAUGAGGGCGAGGUGGAAGACUCGUCUGAACUUGAUGGAUCUAUGGCGCAGGCUCUGACUCGCAAAAGUGACUUGAACUUGGCCGAAUCUGUGAAGAAGAAAAGAACCUAUGGAGGCGCUAGAAGUGCCACCAGGGAUGCAAACGGCAAAGCGAAAGGCUAUCUACCACGCGUCAAGCCGAAAGAGGGCGUUGGUGCAGCCAGUGACUCCAGUGAAGACGUCGGCGUCUCGUCGCCGGUCCUUUCUCCGCAGGCUUCUCGCGGGUUGAAACUUGAAGACAGUCCGGAACCAGGACGGUUUUCGGGCUCUAUGAGUACGGUUCGUGACAAGAAGCAGAAGCAGCUGCCAUUCAACAUACCAGGACGUCAUGGAGCUGGAUCGGCCUCAACUCGAGCGGGCGGACCACCCAAACCCAGGUCGACAAGACCCACGAAAAAAGCUGGCCACCUGCUUUCGGCAGGCGUGACAGCGCAGCUGAAAACUAGUACACCGAAUCCAAUCGAAACCGUAUUGGCAGGAAAAACUACUGGCCUCUCUGGUAUGGCGAGACACACGGGGGCAACAGCAACCAGACCAGACGAGACCAAGAAGCCUACCCGUCAAACCCAAACAAAAGCGCAAGCGGCUUUGCCAAGAAAACAAGGCCUCCCGGGCCCGACGGUGUCUUCAGCUAGCAUGAGCUCCGCGACGCGGGAAAAAUCUGCAGCGGUACUACCACUCGGAUUUUCAUUUGCAGCUUCGAAAGCAAGCAACACAACCACCGCAGCGACCACCGCCGUAGCUACUGAUGUUUCCUCAACACCAGGCUCAAGUGCAAGACGAACUGCAACUACAGAACAGCUACGAGUGCAGCCACGGCCAGUCAGCACGGAGGGCUGGUCAGCGGGGAUGUUACCCAGCAAGAUCAACGACGCUUCGAAAAUCAAACUACAAGACCCGCUGGAAACGGCGGUGACCUGGCGCCAAGCUGUGGAAGCGGAACGGCAGCUGGAAGUGCAGAGUAAGUUCGGCUUCGUUCCGAGUCAGCGAAGCUUUCUUGCACAACAACGGCAGACGGACAACGAUUUGAUGCCAAAUAAAGAGGACACCGCUGGAAUUCCUCUGCAUGUUCCUGCAGGAGGUGCGCAAUCGCAUCUGCCGACGCGAGACGAGGCAACAAGCGGCGCAGAGGACACCACGACGACGGGGACGUCGGCGAGCAGUCGUUUACUUCCCCCUCACAGCAUCGAUUUUGACUCGCAGUACAGCACGUUGCAAGCGACUGAACUGUUGUUGUCAAAGAUGAGCAGGGCUCCGAGCGGUGCAGCGGUCGGGUUUGGGACCACCACCUACAAUCCGAGCUGGAAUAGCGCAAGGGUGAAAGCAUCCGGAGACAAUAGCGGGUUGGGCAAAGAAGCAGCUGUAAGCGCAGCAACAGCUUCGUCCACGACCAGUAAACACAAAACCGCUACAACCGUGUUCCAAGAUCUAGAUGAGCUUUCGCGCAGCCUGUCUUCUACGUUUCCAAGAAAAAGCGAAGAAGUUUUGUCCUCGCCAAGGUUCGGCUCUUUCUCCUAACAAGGUUACAACAACGUAGAAAGAACACGUUCCAUCAUGCAGCAGAAAUAUAGUGCCGCAAAAGAGAGUUGCACACACCUACAACUGGCUUAUGCACUGCCACGCCCGUGAUCCCGCCAUCUUUAAAAAUGUCUCAGAAAUGGCCUCGGGAAUGUAAGGCGGAGGCAAUUCCCACAACGCCGGCGCCCCUCAUUGUGGUUGCAGGGAAGAGGGGCACGCAAGGCGUCGAGCCGGGCCAUCGCAAAGCAGCUUCCUCGAGACGCGGCGCCCGCUGCCGUAUUUGGCGCAGUUUUGUGGCGCGCAAUGCGGGCCGCGGCUGGCGUUGACGUUCGGGCGCCGCCCGUUUGCCCCUUAUCCCUUUGCCGGCCUCCCCUUGCAUAUAUGGACGCGAAGUGCCGCAGCGCCACACUUGUGUCGGGCCUAUCUGCGCCCGCUUUCGUUUUGUCGCAGGCGCGCCGGCGUCUUGUCCGCAGCCCGGUUCGAAGCAUUGCAGGCGCCCCGUCUGCCCCUGCAUUUCCGCCGCCCCGGCGGUUCAGUGCCUGCUCUGACAGGUUGGGACCUUCAGCGGGACUGCCUCUGUAAGAAGGCAGUGUGCUGGCCUUGCCGCUGUUCCUUUCUUUGUUUCUGUGGCAGCCAGGCACGGGCCCGGCCUUGCUUUCUGCGCGGCGGACUGCUAUUCUGGCCCUCCUCCCUUGUGGGCGGCAGGCACGGCCGGCCUCACCCGGGAGGGCAAGCAACCAACUGCCGGCCUCCCAUUGAUUGGUUGGCCGCCUGCCGGCGCCGCUUGGCCACAGCCGGGCGCCUCGUCAGCCCAUUGUCGUGGCGCAUUGCUUUCGCACGCGCAGGCGCGCCCCUUGGCGCGAGGGGGAUGCUGCCCUGCUUCUCUAGAUCACAGGGCCACCGUGUCACGCGCGUGACACGGGCGGACCCGGCUUCGUUCUUUCUCGUCUCUUGCUGGUCUUGGGUGGUUUGGUGGCAAGCAGAAUUGCUUCAGUCAGUUUCCCUCCACUUCUACCGCCAAAGCCCAGGGGACUGCCGCGUGUGUGUGUCUAUGAUUGGCAUCCAAGGCAGUCUUGGACCUCACCUGGGGCGAAGGCCUGCCUCAGCCCGCGAGCCCUUCCUGGCUUCUGCCAGCCGGACCGGCCGCCGGCCGACAGCCAGGCAGGCGCCCCCGCGCGGGCCGUGUUGGCCUUGCUUGGAUGCAAGUGCCGGCGAAGGCGUUGCAGCGGCUUCUAGGCAAAGCCGAAACGUAUGAAGUUAAUGGGGCUGCUGAACUCACUGGCGCAGCCACUGGCGCCAUGUGUGGCGCCGCUCCUCUCCCUCGGCACGACUUAGGCACUCCUUCACCAACGAGGGCGGCGGCCAGCAGCCGGAUGAAGCAGCAGCCGCCGGAGUUCGCGAGCGCGGCCCCAAGACCCAGAGUCCGACGAUGAUGAGCGCUGAGGAGCUUCAGCGCCCCGACUACAGCUGGCCCUUUGUGGAUAUUGCGUAGAACAAAACUCUAUUUGGCUUGUGGAGGCCACAUGUUGUAAGCUAUUUGGCUUGUGGAGGCCACAUGUUGUGAAUCAGAAUCAGAAGCGUCGCGAAUGAGAAUCAGAAUCGUGGUGAAUCUGAAUCGGGCUACGGUAGUAAAAAGACCGCGAACGAAGCGAAAAAAAUUGAAAGGACCGGGCCAAGAAAGUAGGCAAAAAAAAAGGCCAAAGCGAAGCCACACGCGCUGCCGGGUGCCGCAUUUCUGUAAAGGGAGGAAAAAUGCCGAGGCCUUCGCAUUUUUUUCUUUGGGGAAAAAACCUGAGAGCGUUUGCAUUUUUUUCCUUCAGGGAAAAACCUAAAAAAGUUCGCGCGAGUUUCUAUAACAAAAAAACCAAAAAAGCUGCGCGCGAUUUUCUACUACAAAAAAACCAAAAAAGUUGCGCGCGAUUUUCUUUUACAAAAAAACCCAAAAAAGUUGCGCGGGAAUCCCCCCUCGAAAAAAACCAAAACCGAAGACGGGCCAUUUUACCUGCCUUUCCCCGAUGGUAUGAGGCCGAUCAGGCCGGCGAUUUUUCACAUUUCUGGCCUUUAGAAAAUCGCGCGCACCUUUUUGGGUUUUUUUGUAAUAGAAAAUCGCGCGCAACUUUUUUGGUUUUUUUGUAGUAGAAAAUCGCGCGCAGCUUUUUUGGUUUUUUUGUUAUAGAAAAUCGCGCGAACUUUUUUAGGUUUUUCCCUGAAGGAAAAAAAUGCAAACGCUUUCAGGUUUUUUCCUGAAGGAGAAAAAUGCAACAGCCGCGACAUUUUUUCCCCAAUAGCAGAAAUGGCGCCACGAUUUUCCGCGUUUCGGCUUUUUCUGGUGUUGCUUUUUCGCGGGUUACGCAGUGCCCUUGCUGGUUUUUUUUUUGCUUUUCAGGAUGCCCCUCAUUCGUCUUAUAUAUUCGGCAAGAAUUGCCGCGCGGAUCAAGUUCAUAACGAUCGCCACAGCGACCCGAGAGUGAGGGAACCGAUGGCAAAUCCGUCCGAGAUUGAUUCGAUCGAUCUCGGGCGCGGGCCGUUGCGCCGUGGCGAACGAGUCCGACCCUGUGAAAAAGAUGCCUUUGCGUGAAGGCUGCAAAGGGUCAAAAUUUCCGCGAAACUGCGAAGAAGAUCCGCGGCGCGGCAGUAUUGCCGUCUUUUCCGGUGUUAUGUUGCAAGGCCGCGGCAUCUCCAGAGCAGUUGCGGAGUGAUCUACAGAGCAGGCCCAGAGCGCUCCUCGCGCUUUUGAUGUCUCGGGUGGAUGUCCUGCAGAGCACGCCCAGGCCGAUUGCUAAGACUGGGCACGUGAAUACUGUCGGCCGGUCCGACGGAGGGGGGCCGGAAUGGGCGGCCGGCGCUUCGGGCAGUUCUUCGGGAUUUGGGCGCGGCCAGUGAGCACGCAGCGAACAAAGGGGCGAAGAACUGUGGCGGGCGGAGGGUCCGGCGCAAGAUUGUGCAGGUUUUUGCGGGUAAAGAGUAGGGCUUUGGAAGCCCGGCCGGCCCGGCCGCCGGGCUCAGGAUGUUUGUAGAAGCUUCGCGUGCCGCAGCUGUCGCGUGCGACCUUGGCCGGCGACACCUACCGCACUGCGUUGAUGGUAGGCGGCCCGGUGUGUGCCUUUGCAGGGGCAGGCCGCUGGCCCGGCGCGCUACCUAGCUGGGCACCCAGGGCAAGGCCGCCGAUUGGGGGAUCUUGGGAGGGUUGGGCCCGGUUUUUCUUUCUUCAGGAAAAUCGUAUUGGGGGGAAGAAGCCAGGGCCCCUCUCGGUUUUCCCCAAGGAAACCUGCUUGGCGUGUUUCUUACAAGCGCACAAGCAAAGGUGCGCCGGCGCGCUGGUUUGUAUUUUCGCAGAAAGAAACUAGGAAACACGGCCCGCGCAACAGACGCAGGCCGCGGCGCGUGCUCGGACGGGCGGGCCGCACUGUGUGGGCCGCGCGCUCGCAUGCGCGCCCUGUCAGCCGGCCACCAGCCGUCGCACGGAUUGCCAGCCGGCCACCAGCUUUGCGCGCUGGGCGACCACCUUUGUCCUAACCAGCGCACAACACCCUCCGAGGGGCGCUCCCCGUUUUUCCGAACCGUGGCGCCAUCGUGUCACGCGUGUGACGCGAGCGGCAUGCGCUUCAGUUUUGCAGCGUGGUGGCGUAGGGCGCGCGCCCCGGGGGUUCGCCGGGUCUGUGGUUUUGGGUCUAUAUCUAUUGCCCGCGCCCAAUCUUCGCGCCGGCCGGCGGUCCGCCAACCCAAUGUAGGUCGUCCAGGACGGCGCAGAUAAUUCCCGUGGCCCGUCAUUCCGUUGCUAUGGCGUGCCCAUCGUGUCGCGCGUCAGUGAUGUGCGACGUAUAAAAGCGACCACGGCGAUGACUCCGAUGCGCGGCGAUAUAUGCAAAGUCGGGACAUUUCUGAGCAGAUUCCUGGAGCAUUCCUGAGGCAUUUCCAGACCCCCUCUGAUCACGGGCGGUCCGUGCGUAACUGGCGUUGCUUUGUGUAAGAUUUGCAGUUGUUAGCCUGUUUCAUCAGUGACGUGGCCGAGUAGCUGUAGUUGCUGUCCUUGUGGAUGAAAGAACGAAUUUUGCAAAUGAACUGCAACUCCUGACUCACCCAUAUGCACCUCUGGAAAUACUCGUUUUCUCCUGGUGGAGAGAAGUUGUAUCCGAGUAGCUGAAAGCUCUCAACAACCUUCUCGAAGCGAAAUGGUGUUCCGGUGGAAGACAAAUGUGUAGGAUAUUAGCAAAUCAAACAGUCACAGAUCGACAACACAG